AUGCUGCGGGAGGCUUUUACAAGUGUCACUAAACUCCAUGGUUACAUAAUAUCCAGAACUGAUACCAGAGUGAAAGACUACCCUCUGAUGCAGAGCCCUGUGCAGAUGACAGGCCUCCUCCUGGCCUACGUCGUCUUUUCUGUGUACGUCGGCCCGCGCAUGAUGGCCAACCGCAAGCCGUUCGGCCUCAACCGAGCCAUGAUCAUCUACAACCUCAGCAUGGUUUUGCUGAAUGCCUACAUAGUGUACGAGUUCUUGAUGUCUGGAUGGGCCACCACCUUCACGUGGAAAUGCGACCUUAUCGAUGUCUCCACCAGCCCACAGGCCCUCAGGAUGGUCCGAGUAGCCUGGUUGUUCUAUUUUUCCAAGUUCAUUGAACUUCUUGACACAGUAUUCUUUGUGCUGAGAAAGAAGCAAAGCCAGAUCACCUUUCUCCACGUCUUCCAUCACUCUGUCAUGCCCUGGUCGUGGUGGUGGGGUGUCUCCCUGACGCCUGCUGGAGGAAUGGGAUCCUUCCAUGCUAUGAUAAACGCAGGGGUCCAUGUCAUCAUGUACAGCUACUACGGACUCUCUGCUGCAGGGCCUCGCUUCCAGAAGUAUCUGUGGUGGAAGAAGCAUAUGACAGCCAUCCAGCUGACCCAGUUUGUUCUGAUCUCCAUUCACAUCAGCCAGUAUUACUUCAUGGAGACGUGCGACUACCAGAUGCCACUGUGGAUCCACGUGAUCUGCAUGUACGGCAUCUUCUUCUUCCUCCUCUUCUCCAACUUCUGGGUGCAGGCGUACAUAAGGGGCAACCGUCUUCCCGUGGCAGACUACAAGCCCAGCCAGAACGGCGCCACCAACGGACACAUUGCGAUGAACGGCAAACACCAUGCAAACGGACACGCUCACCCCAUCGAAGAUGGCAAAAUAGUCAUGGGGAAAGUGAAGGAAAUUUAACUGACUCUGGGGGGGGGAGGGGCGGUAUAAACAGUUAGUAUAUAUUACCACCUCAAAUAUGCCACAAAUCUUUAUCUAGUAGCCUAUUUGAGUGUAAGAGUUCAAUAUGCUACCUCUUAAUUACACGAUUUGUAUAUAAUCUAAUAUUUUAUUACAUAUUCACCCCUGGGGGAUAUGAUUGGCAGAGUGUUUUUAUUUGCCACUGAUCUCUGAAUGCAACACCCUGUAAGUUGUUGCAGAAGCUGUUUACUGAGAUGAACACUGAAUGGAAAAUUGGUGCUCAUUUUGUCACUGAUAGUAUUCUUUAACUCAGGCUUGACCUGCAGCACUGUUCGGCUAACAUGGCCUUUUGUGGCUUGGGAGUAUGGCGAUGUUUCCACUAAAACACAAGUAUGUGUAAAUAUUACUAUGAACCUCAUGCAUAAAAAGUGUUUUCAUUGUAAAUGUCAAAUAUUGAGGAUUUUUUUUCUCUUUUUUUUUUUUUAAUUUAUCGUUUCAAAUAAAUCAAAAAAUUUAAAGGUCUGUUUCAUUUAGAAAGCAGUGAUUAUGUGCACUAAGCGAGCAACAUGCCAUAUCUCAUUUCUUAUGAAGAACUGUGGAGAAAUACUGUAUAUUACAGUGUUGAUGCAUUUAUUUUGCCUUUGUUUUUUUUUUUUUUGUUUUUUUU